CGUAUCUACAUGAAGCCAUUUUGUUUGAAGCCGCCGUUCAUUAUUCUCCAAUAAACAUGCCACGAAAGAAGAACGAAGACUUUUACAAAAAGUACGGGUUUACCGCAAAGUGUGAAAACGGAAAGUACUCGGCUACGUGUCUUUUCUGUCAGAAGGAAUUGCAGAAUACAGCGCUAACAAGACUGUCGUUACAUAGGCAAACGUGCGAUCAGAAAAGAGCCUUAUCGGAGACACAAUCCAUAUAUUUGGGAAGGGGGGUCCGUCCUUCACUGAGGAUUACGCAUGAGGACGCAGAUGGUGGAAUAGAUCACGGGAACGAGGGCAAGGAGAUUAUUGUGAAGAUCCAAGAAUUUUUAGACGACUGCGAAGACGAUCCAGAUGCUGAUGGGCAGGGCCAGCAGACGGUGAUCAAGUGUGAAGUGUCUGAGCAUUGUAGCCCCCAUAUAAACUCUUCAAACGAGGACUAUCAAGCAGACGCAAUGGAAUAUGAAAUAACAGGAGGACCAGACAACCGGGAAUACGUGGAGUUUCUUGAUGAAUACAAAGAGGUGAUGCAAAGCCUGGACAAUUCGGCCAAUAAUACUGAAGAGAAUUAUGCAGAAAACAGACCGAAGAAUAACUUGGCAUCGUUGAAAGCCGAGAAGGUCAGGGCCGAGAUCAAGCAAUUCCGCAGCAAGACGCAGUUCUUAAGGACAGAAACGGAGAACCUGAAACUGGAACGGACGCUCUCAUUGCUAAAAAUACAAAAGCUGCGCUUGGAAAUAGACUCUCUGCGCGCACAAAGCUAGAACUUUGUAAGAAUAUCAACAAAACAGUUCAUUAAGCAAAAGAAUGCAAGAAAGUAUUUUAGUUGCCAAGU